AUGAAUCAAUACUAAGACUAAAAUCGAUCUUAAUAAGCUGAUAUAGAAGUUAAGUAUCAUUUAUUUAUCUUAGUUUUCCAAUGAAGUUAAUCGAAUAUGUUUUUUCAAUUUUGUUUGCUAAUUAUACAUGCUUAUCUUUAGUUUAAAACUCAUUUGGCUAUUUGAUUCCAAAUAUAUCAUUAUUUUUGCUUGGAUUAUGGAUUUGAUCACAUUUAUUAUUGUAUUAAUUGACAAAGACACAACUAAAGCCAUCUCUUGUAUUCAUUUUGUUGAAAAAGCAUUAAGUGUUUCAUUUAAAGUAAUUUUACAAUUUCAUAAGAUCACUAUAGUUAUUCAUUUUGAAGUUAUGCAGAUUAAUUUAUAUUACAUUCCUGCUAUCUAAAUUAUUAUGAAUAUUGGCUUAUUUCUUUAUUAAGUUUUACAAAAAGAUCAAAAUAAAAGAAAGCAUCUUAUAGUAUUAUUUUACUUAUUUAGAUUGCUCAUUUUUACUCAAUUUUAUAUAUCAUAUAAUUGUUAUUAUUAUCUCUCAAGUGGAAUUAAAUUUUUAUUUACUCUUAUUAUCAAACCUUUAUCAUAGCAUGGUCAGCUUUAGGAAUUAACACAUUUAUAAUUAUCUUAUUACUUAUCACUUUAGUUGAAAACUGCUUCCUUAAAGACAUGCCAGAAAUUGAUGGUAAUUAUAUUAUUUUAUCAAAGGAUCAAUAAUUCUCUGGAUAAUCUUUUAUAUCUUUGGAUUAACCAUUAUUCCAUUUUUUCUUUUAAAGGAAAUAUGCUAAUAUUAUGAAAAUGAUACCAUCUAAAUUAAUAUUAGAAUAGCUGGUAUUACCGUCUUGAUUUCUAUAAUUCUCUAUCUAAUCUCAUUUGUUUUCUUUACAAACAAAAUUAGGAAAUAAUUGAUGUAUUUUACUUAUUAUAAUAUGAUAGAAUAGUUUUAUAGAUAGAGAAUAGAUAAGUUCAAAUUUAAAUUCCAAAAUCUCCCUAAAUAGAAGUAACAAAAUAGAAAUGGACUAAACUAAAAAUUCCAAUUAUGUUUAUCAGAGUUUCUGCUUCUUUUUAUAAGUUAGUAACAAAGAAAACAAUAAAUCAAUUAAAUAAUAGAAACAGUAGUUCGAUUCCAAUUAAUAGUGAAAUUUCAAGACCUGAUUCUGUUAAUUUAAGAUAAUCUUAAUGCUUAACAAUAACCAAAUAAAUUAAAACAAUUACAAAAAAUUAAGAUUCUUGUGAUAUUUGUUUAAUAUGUUUUGAAAAUGAACCAGAAAUUAUCUUAAAUCCUUGUAAUCAUGGAGGUAUUUGCAUAGGUUGCUCAGAAAAUAUUAUGAAGACAACUAAAUAAUGUUUCUUGUGCAGAACAGAAAUCAAAUAUGCUUUAAAAUUUAAUUAAAAAAUUGGAGAAAUGUUAUAAGUCACAAAGGUGUAAAGAAUUUGA